AUGCCAGACCGCUGCCUACACCUUUGCUUCUGUGCUGCUCCUGCUUUGCUUCCCAUCGCCUUUCCUCCUCACCCUUCCUCCCUCGCCGAUCUGGUGAGUAACUCGCCCGCGCCCAAUCUUCCCCUCGCCCUUGGUGCUACCAGCGCUUCUCAGGUGUCGGGGAUCGCGGAGCCCUCCUUCCCUCCUGCCCAUAACGAUUGUCUCGGUGACGCCACUCCUCCUCCCAUCUCCCUCUUUGUCCUCGCUGCAGAUCACGUUCUGGCGAGCGGUGCCCGCCUCCAUAUCUCUCUUCACGCCGCGGACGCUGAUCCAGCGAGCGAUGCUCGCUUCCCCUGCUCAUACCCCGUUCUUGGUGCCGAUCUGGCGAACUUGACUCGCCUCCCCACUUCCUCUCCUGAUGUUUGCGCAGAUCCGGCGAGCGUGGCCCACUUCCCCGCCUCCCGUCAUGCUGGCGAUACGAAUCUGGCGAACGCGACUCGCCUCCACGCCUUCCCUCAUGGCAUUGGCGCCGAUCCGGCGAGCGUGACCCGCUUCCCCACGCUCCGUGAUGCUGCUGACGCGGAUCCGGCGAGCGUGACUCGCCUCCCCUUCUCCCGCUGCGAUUCCUCCACGGAUCUGGCGAGCGUGACUCACCUCCCCACCUCCUGCUGCGAUUCCUCCACGAAUCCGGCGAGCGUGACUCGCCUCCCCGCCUCCCGCUGCGAUUCCUCCACGGAUCCAGCGAACGCGAUCCGCCCUCCCGCGAACGCGACCCGCCUCCCCGCCUUUCGUCAUGAUGCGGGCGCCGAUCUGGCGCGCGCGGACCGCUUCCCCGCUUUCCAUCAUUCUGCUGGCGCGGAUCUGGCGCGCGCGACGCGCCGCUGCCCUGCUCCCCGCCGUGCGCCUGUUGUCCAGAAACGGGUGCUUCCUUACGCGCGCUUCGUACGCCGCUAG